GGGCUACCGGCGGGACUUCCGCCACGGGACCCGGAAGGGGCCGCGCCGCCGCUGGUGGGAGUUGUAGUCCGGCCGUGGUUGGGGGGGCCCGCGGCUCAUGCGCGGUGCACCGAGGCUUGUUUCACAUCUGUAACAACAGGAGGAGGCCCAGCCUCGUGAUGAGGAAUAGCAAGGAGAGAAUUCAGCUCCAGUUCAAAAGCCUACAAAAUCUGAGACUGUCACUGCUCUUGUAAGUUUCCUCUCUGAGCUACCAUAUCCUAUCGGCUGAAAUUUCCGGCAUCCCUGGGGGAGAGGAGGCCAUCAGGGCAGACCUGCUAUGGACCUGAAAGAUUCGGCCCCAGGAUUCCAGCUUUCCCUCCUGGCCAGAAAUGUUCAGCCUGGACUCAUUCAGAAAAGAUCGGGCCCAGCACAGGCAGCGUCAGUGCAAACUUCCCCCACCCCGCCUUCCACCCAUGUGUGUCAACCCUGCCCCUGGAGGGACCAUCUCUCGAGGCUGAACGUUAACAUUUCCAACAUGGCAGCUUUCAGAAACCACAGUUUUCAAAAUUUGGCCUCAGCCCCUAAUGCCAUGACCAGUCUUGCUUCUAGGGACCUAUUAAAAGAGUUCCCACAGCCCAAAAACCUUCUCAACAGUGUAAUUGGAAGAGCCCUCGGCAUCUCACAUGCAAAAGACAAAUUGGUCUACGUGCACACGAAUGGACCGAAGAAAAAGAAAGUCACCCUCCACAUAAAGUGGCCCAAGAGCGUGGAGGUAGAAGGCUAUGGCAGCAAGAAGAUCGACGCUGAGCGACAGGCUGCGGCCGCGGCCUGCCAGCUGUUCAAGGGCUGGGGCCUGCUGGGUCCCCGAAACGAGCUGUUUGAUGCAGCCAAAUAUCGUGUGCUAGCCGAUCGCUUUGGCUCUCCGGCUGACAGCUGGUGGCGCCCAGAACCCACCAUGCCACCUACUUCCUGGCGGCAGCUGAAUCCCGAGAGCAUCCGGCCAGGGGGACCUGGGGGCCUGUCCCGCUCCUUGGGCCGGGAGGAAGAGGAGGAUGAGGAGGAAGAGCUAGAAGAGGGGACCAUUGAUGUCACCGACUUCCUGUCCAUGGCCCAGCAGGACUCCCACACCCCACUCAGGGACUCGAGGGGGGGUUCCUUUGAAAUGACAGACGACGACAGUGCUAUUAGGGCUCUGACCCAGUUUCCACUUCCCAAGAACCUUCUGGCCAAAGUGAUUCAGAUAGCAACAUCGUCCUCCACAGCUAAGAACCUCAUGCAGUUUCAUACCGUGGGCACCAAGACCAAGCUGUCUACCCUCACUCUGCUUUGGCCCUGUCCUAUGACCUUUGUCGCCAAAGGGCGCCGCAAAGCGGAGGCUGAGAAUAAGGCAGCAGCCCUGGCCUGCAAGAAACUGAAGAGCCUGGGCCUGGUGGACCGCAACAACGAGCCGCUCACCCACGCCAUGUAUAACCUGGCCUCCUUGCGUGAGCUGGGUGAGACCCAGCGCCGGCCGUGUACCAUCCAGGUGCCUGAGCCCAUCCUCCGCAAGAUAGAAACCUUCCUGAACCAUUACCCUGUGGAUAGUUCAUGGAUCACCCCAGAACUCCGGCUGCAGAGUGAUGACGUCUUGCCCUUGGGCAAGGACUCGGGGCCCCUGAGUGACCCUAUCACAGGCAAGCCCUACGUGCCCCUGUCAGAAGCAGAGGAGGUCCGUCUGAGCCAGAACUUGCUGGAGCUGUGGCGGCGGCGAGGGCCAGUCUGGCAGGAGGCCCCCCAGCUCCCUGUGGACCCGCAUCGGGACACAAUCCUCAAUGCCAUUGAGCAGCACCCGGUGGUGGUCAUCUCUGGGGACACGGGCUGUGGAAAGACCACACGCAUCCCCCAGCUGCUGCUAGAGCGCUAUGUGACCGAGGGCCGUGGUGCCCGCUGCAAUGUGAUCAUCACCCAGCCGCGCCGCAUCUCCGCUGUGUCGGUGGCACAGCGGGUCAGCCACGAACUGGGCCCCUCUCUGCGCCGGAACGUGGGCUUCCAGGUGCGGUUGGAAAGCAAGCCCCCGGCCCGAGGCGGGGCCUUGCUCUUCUGCACCGUGGGCAUCCUGCUGCGGAAGCUGCAGAGCAACCCCAGCCUGGAGGGCGUGAGCCAUGUCAUCGUGGACGAGGUCCAUGAGCGGGACGUGAAUACAGACUUCCUGCUUAUUUUGCUCAAGGGCCUGCAGCGGCUCAACCCGGCCCUGCGGCUGGUGCUCAUGAGCGCCACGGGCGAUAACGAGCGCUUCUCCCGCUACUUUGGUGGCUGCCCUGUCAUCAAGGUGCCAGGCUUCAUGUACCCCGUCAAGGAGCACUACCUGGAGGACAUUCUGGCCAAGCUGGGCAAGCACCAGUACCCGCACCGGCACCGGCACCACGAGUCUGAGGAUGAAUGUGCACUUGACUUGGACCUCGUGACGGACCUGGUUCUGCACAUUGAUGCCCGAGGGGAACCAGGUGGGAUCCUCUGCUUCCUGCCUGGGUGGCAGGAGAUCAAAGGAGUGCAGCAACGCCUCCAGGAGGCCCUGGGCAUGCACGAGAGCAAGUACCUGAUCCUGCCAGUGCACUCCAACAUCCCCAUGAUGGACCAGAAGGCCAUAUUUCAGCAGCCACCAGUUGGGGUGCGCAAGAUCGUCUUGGCCACCAAUAUCGCGGAGACCUCAAUUACAGUCAAUGACAUUGUGCACGUGGUGGACAGCGGUCUGCACAAGGAGGAACGCUAUGACCUGAAGACCAAGGUGUCCUGCCUGGAGACUGUGUGGGUGUCACGAGCCAAUGUGAUCCAGCGCCGGGGCCGGGCAGGCCGCUGCCAGUCAGGCUUUGCCUACCACCUAUUCCCACGGAGCCGGCUGGAGAAAAUGGUCCCUUUCCAAGUGCCGGAGAUUCUGCGCACGCCCCUUGAGAACCUGGUGCUACAAGCCAAAAUCCACAUGCCCGAGAAGACGGCAGUGGAAUUCCUUUCCAAGGCUGUGGACAGUCCGAACAUUAAGGCAGUGGAUGAGGCCGUGAUCUUGCUCCAGGAGAUCGGAGUGCUGGACCAGCGGGAGUACCUGACCACCUUGGGGCAGCGCCUGGCCCAUAUCUCCACCGACCCCCGGCUGGCCAAGGCCAUAGUGCUGGCUGCCAUCUUCCGCUGCCUGCACCCGCUGCUGGUGGUCGUUUCCUGCCUCACCCGGGACCCCUUCAGCAGUAGCCUGCAGAACCGGGCGGAGGUGGACAAGGUGAAGGCGCUGUUGAGCCACGACAGUGGCAGCGACCACCUGGCCUUCGUGCGGGCCGUGGCCGGCUGGGAGGAGGUGCUGCGCUGGCAGGACCGCAGCUCCCGGGAGAACUACCUGGAGGAGAACCUGCUGUACGCACCCAGCCUGCGCUUCAUCCACGGACUCAUCAAGCAGUUCUCAGAGAACAUUUAUGAGGCUUUCCUGGUGGGAAAGCCCUCGGACUGCACCCUGGCUUCUGCCCAGUGCAACGAGUACAGUGAGGAGGAGGAGCUGGUGAAGGGCGUACUGAUGGCCGGCCUCUACCCCAACCUCAUCCAGGUGAGGCAGGGCAAGGUGACCCGGCAGGGCAAGUUCAAGCCCAACAGCGUCACAUACAGGACCAAAUCAGGCAACAUCUUGCUGCAUAAGUCGACCAUCAACAGGGAGGCCACGCGGCUCCGGAGCCGAUGGCUGACGUACUUCAUGGCCGUCAAGUCCAAUGGCAGCGUCUUCGUCCGGGACUCCUCCCAGGUGCACCCGCUGGCCGUGCUGCUGCUGACAGACGGGGACGUCCACAUACGUGAUGAUGGGCGCCGGGCCACCAUCUCCCUGAGUGACAGUGACCUGCUGAGGCUGGAGGGGGAUUCCCGCACCGUGCGGCUGCUGAGGGAGCUGCGCCGGGCCCUGGGCCGCAUGGUGGAGCGGAGCCUGCGCAGUGAGCUGGCCGCACUCCCGCCCGGCGUGCAGCAGGAGCACGGGCAGCUGCUCGCCCUGCUGGCGGAGCUGUUGCGUGGGCCCUGUGGCAGCUUUGACGUGCGCAAGACAGCCGAUGACUGAGCCCCGUGUCUGCUGGGGCUGUGUACAGAGUGCAAAUGUUUAUUUAAAAUAAAGUUCUAUUUAUCCCUUGUGA